CAGGUUUUUGGGACCAAACAAACUUACUCUUGAGUGACAACAAUAACCUGGCCUGCAUGAAAACUGGUCAUCACAAGGUUUCAAUCGCAGUAUUAAAGACUAAAGCUCAGCAGAAAGGAACAGAAGACGGUGAGGGGUUGUCUAAUGAGACGAGGGGGAUAAGGAGGUAUAGCUUCCAGAGCCGCAACACCAUUAAAAUCUUCACUGGGAAGAAGGCCUUUUGUACACGCUGAGUGCUCUGUUGUAACGAGUGCCGUUGAGACCGAGCGUUAUCCGUGACUGAGAGAAACGGCACACCCGCUGAAUCCACACCUCAAGUGCCUGUGAUCCCGCAACACUAAGGGCCACUCCUAUUGGAGCACCUCUCUACAAGGAUUUACCUCCUUCAAGUCAUCAAUAUUUCCUCUUUGGAAAUCAGAGUUCAUAGAGCCUCACAGUCUUGUUGUCUGAAAAUGACGGCGGGCUUAACCAAACUUUCCAGUGGUGACUCUUUGGACUUCUCUGUGGCACAGACCCAAGUAUGAAGCUUCUCAUGUUUUCAAGGGCGAUAGUAGGCAAACUUCACUUAGCAUGGUGGCGAAGAGCAGCGAUUGCAUCCAAGACUUGCGAUGUAACGUCAGCAAAGAGAGGGAUAUCCGACAGACGACCACCCCACUUCAUCCGAGGAAUGCAGACGACCGCCAAGAAAAGGAAUCGUCUCGUACCUAGAGUUGGCGUUCGCAUUUGGAGAUUCAUGACAGGCCGCUGGUCGGUACAUUUGGAGAACGGCGCAGAAGACUGUUCGGAAGGCUGAUGGUGGCAUUACCUGCGUGCAAAUCACCUCAAGGUAGAAUCGAAAGAAAACAGAGCAGUGAUGACUCAUCCUGCACUACACAGAUUUUUUGUCCAAUCAGAUGCUCUCUCUUGAAGAAUGGCCCGCCCCCUUAGCCACAUACAACCGACUAGAAAUGGAGCAGUGAUGACUCAUCCAGCACUACAGAUUUUUGUCCAAUCAGAUGCUCUCUUGAAGGAGAACAUCCCGCCCCCUUAUGCUGCACACAACCGACUAGUAUAACACUGAUCUGGAGUCAGCACCCUCAACUAGUCGGUCAUGAGUUUUGCUCCGAGUCCGUUCACCCCCAUGGGCAUCCGCAGCAUUCAGGAGCAGCGGGACCGCUGGGAGAGGAAGAGGAGCUGCACGGCCCGCGAGCUAGUCCAGAGUGAACAAAGAUACUGCGAACAGCUGGAUCUAGUCGUCACGUACUUUGUGGAGAUCUUGAAGGCCAAAGGAACCCUCAGGCAGGACAUUAGAGAAAGCAUCUUCAGUUCAAUUAAAUCCAUUCAUUUAAUAAACCAGACCCUACUCACUCAUCUAGAACUGGGGAGAUUUGGCAUUGGGUUUGAGGAGUUUUGCACUCAUCUGCAGUUGUACAAUACGUACGUUGACAAUAUUCAGACGGCUAAAAAAGUCCUCAUGGUUCAGGUGAAGAAAAGCAAAGCCUUCAGACGGUUUAAAAAGCUCCAGGAGUCCAGGCCUGAGUUCAAUCAGCAGAAACUUGAGGAUUUGCUAACACUUCCUCUUCAGCGCAUCCAGCAGUACAAGCAUUUCUUGAGGGACUUGACAGAGAACACCAGUCCAGACAACCCAGAGUUUCAGCAGCUUUCAAAGGCAGUGAAAACCAUCUCAGAGGUCGCCCAGCGGAUCCAGGACAACGCUCGCAGCCAUGAGAACCACCUGCAGCUGCGCAGAGUCCAGAAACAGCUGAAGGGCCGAAAGACCAGAAUCCUGACUCCAGGGAGGUGGUACAUUCGGGAAGGCUGGCUAAAGACAGUGCCCCCUAAAGGCACGGAGGCAAAACCCAAGAUGUUUUACCUGUUCUCUGACAUCCUGCUCCAGGCCAAACCAUGCAGUCCCAUACAUCCUACCAAUCGGGAUAAGUUUAACUGCCAGCGAAUCUACCCAUUAAAGGAGUGCACAGUGGAUAAAGUCUUCGGCCACACCAAAAGCCAGGGAGGCCUUAUUAGUUUGACCUUCGCCAGGGCCAAACUGCUUCUAAUGUCCGAUGAUCAGGGGGACAUUAAUGAUUGGUACCGUAGCCUCUGUUUGGCUAUUGGGCAGCUGAAGUCAAAGAAUACAGUGGUGCACAGGAGAGACAAGCUGCGUAGGAAGCCAAUCAGAUCGGAUCCAGACAGUCAGAACACUCAAGAAUUACAGCAAACACGUGGAAUAAAAAGAACCAUGAUGUUGGAUGAAGAGGUUCGGGAACACAAAGAGGGUCAUAGCAGCAGUUCCAUCCCUUCAACUGGGGAAAGCGGCUACAGCGCCACCAAGAGGCUGAAGCCCAGUGAAGCUCCUGCUGCAAGACCACAGGAGUCUUCUGGAUCGAGCUGCGUCAUACUGUGAGGAGGUUCAUGUUCUGAAAAGAGCUGAAAGAUCUGCCCACAGAUGGAAGGAGCAGAGGUGAUUUAGGAUGAAUGCAAUGCAAUCUACAUCUACUACACUGCUGCAUUUUUUUCCAUAUGCCAAAAAAAUAUACUGCAAUGCAGUCUUAUUGCUUUUAAGCAUGUUGACUGUUUACAUUUUAAAGGUUUUUAUACUGAGAUGUCUUACUAUUUAAAGUGUAAUUCAAUGCAGUAUCACUCAGUUAUCACCAAUAAUGGCCAAAAUCUAACCAUUCUAUUAAAAAUUACAUAGACACAAAAACAUCAUGUAUAGUAACAGACUAUUUAUCUAGUCACACCAACUCUGAAUGUAUAUCACUAUAGUGCAAAACAAUGCUAUUAUUAGCACAUUUUUAAUAUGAAAUCAUUUAGUGCAAUAAGAUUUUUUGGUUUGCAUGAGAUUUUGCUCCAUUAUACACUGGAACAAAAGGGCAAACUGCUUUUAUAUACACUGAAUGUUGUUUUUAUUAUACUCUGCAAUACUUAAUGCAAAUAUAUGUAUUUUGUCUGCUUGUGUAAAUUAAACUUUUACUAUUAGAUCCA